CCACCACCGCAACCCUCACACACAUCUCAGUAUCCACAAUGGCUUCCGCCGAUCCUUUUGACAGUGCCCUCGACCUCCUCCGCCGCCUUAACCCUAAGGACACCGCCAAGAAUGUCGACCGCCUGUGCCAGCUCGCGCCCUCGCUGACUGAAGACCUGCUCGAGUCCGUCGAUGUGCCCCUCUCCGUCAAGCGCUGCACGAAGUCGAAGCGCGACUUCUUGUGCUGCGACUACAACCGGGAUGGCGACAGCUGGCGGAGUCCGUGGAGCAAUGAGUUUGAGCCGCCACUUGAGGACGGCGAGGGCGUCGUUCCCAGCGAACGUGUGCGGAAGAUGGAGGUUAGCGCCAACGAGGCGUUUGAUGUCUACAGAGACUUGUACUACGAGGGCGGUAUCUCUAGUGUCUACCUUUGGGAUAUGGAGGACGGCUUUGCGGGCUGCGUGCUGCUGAAGAAGUCCGUCUCUCCCAACAACAAGACUUCCGGUGGUUGGGAUAGCAUACACGUUUUCGAGGCCCUCGACCGCGCGCGCACCGCCCACUACAAGCUUACCAGCACCGUCAUCCUGAACUUGGGCACGGACGCUGAGGUCCUCGGCACAAUGGAUCUGAGUGGCAACAUGGUCAGGCAGGUUGAGCAGGACAUGCCGGUUGACGAUGACACCUCUCACGUCGCCAACAUUGGCAAGAUGGUUGAGGACAUGGAACUGAAGAUGCGCAACCUGCUGCAAGAAGUCUACUUUGGCAAGGCCAAGGACGUCGUGGGUGAUCUGCGAAGCAUCGCUCCUUUGAGUGAAACCAACCGUGACAGGGCGACGCAGCGCGAGAUGAUCAGCAGCAUGGGCCGGUAGAACGUUUGUGUACCAGCAUCAGCGAAUACCACAGCGCAGGUAUAAGACAGAAUCAAGAGUGGCUGUCUAUACGACAAAAUCUCGUAAUGAUAAGAACUUAUAGUAAAAGCAGCCGGAUUUAUGGCC